AUGUUUGGUUCGCGGGCUAAGCACUUGUGUCGUCCAGAUCAGAGGGAUGCUCUUUGGGAGUUCAAGAACGAGUUCUACGUCGAGGAGUCGUCGCAGUACGCGUUGUGGAGUAACAACACUGAUUGCUGUUAUUGGGACGGUAUCUUUUGUGAUCCUAAGACAGAUUCCAUCGGCAACCUCAAGUAUUUGAGGGUUUUGAGCCUUCGUGAAUGCAAUCUCUUUGGAAAGAUCCCUUCUUCACUUGGAAAUCUUUCUUACCUCACUGAUCCUGAUCUUUCUUUUAAUAGCUUCUCCAGGGAACUACCAGAUUCGAUGAGCAACCUAAACCGGCUAAGAUAUUUGAAAAUUGUAUCGACCAAGCGCAGUGGCAACUUUCCUCAUGUGCUACUUAACUGGACCGAGCUCACCUCGAUCGACAUUCGUUCUAACCAGUUCGAAGGUAUGCUCCCAUCUAACAUGAGUACACUCACCAAACUAGAGGAUUUUGAGAUCAACGAAAAUCUGUUUUCGGGAUCAAUUCCUUCAUCUCUCUUCAUGAUACCUUCGUUGAUCCAACUUGACCUAGGAAGAAACGACUUCAGUGGUCCUCUUGAGAUUGGAAAUAUCUCUUUUGCAUCUAAACUUAAAGUCUUGUUCCUUGGAGAAAACGAUUUCAAUGGACCAAUCCCGGGAUCUAUAUCGAAACUAGUCAAUCUUUCUUAUCUUGACCUCUCUUUAUGGAACACAGGGAAGGGCAUUGUCGAUUUCAGCAUCUUCUUGCAUCUCAAGUCACUUACGUUCCUUGACCUAUCUUAUAUUAACACAAGAAGCAUGGUUGACACGAGUGUUUUCUUACAGUUUCUCAUGUCACUUGAUUAUUUGGAUCUUUCAGGGAUUAAUCUGAAGAUCAAUUCAACUCUGCAUAUUUCCUCAUGCAUAUCCACCUUGAGUUUAUCUUCCUGCAAUAUUGGUGAGUUUCCCAAGUUUCUACAAACCGAAACUAGCUGUUUGUCUUAUUUAGACAUCUCUGCCAAUCAUAUUGAAGGCCAAGUACCAGAGUGGUUAUGGACACUGCCAGAGUUGUGGUUUUUAAACAUUUCUCAGAAUUCUUCUAGUGGUUUUGGAGGAUCAGCGAGUGUUAUUCAAAGAAGUGAACUAGAAAUGCUUGAUAUAAGUUCAAACACAUUCCAUGAUCUUCCUUUGUUACUAAACUCUACAAAGUUCUUUUUCGGCUCUGACAAUUGGUUCUCGGGAGAGAUUCCUAAGGCAGUGUGCAAAUUGGUUUCUCUUGACACACUUGUUUUAUCCAACAACAACUUCAGCGGUUGUUUUAAAUACUUCACUCGUAUUUCAGUCCUGCAUCUACAGGAUAACACCCUUUCUGGUAUUCUUGCAGAGGGAUCUAUCAGUGAUUACUUGAGAUCACUUAAUGUUGGUCACAACAAGUUAUCAGGAGAACUUCCGAAGUCUCUUGUCGUUGUGGAAAACAACAGAAUCAGUGACACAUUUCCAUUCUGGUUGGGAUCGUUGCCCGAUUUACAGAUUCUUGUCCUUCCUUCUAACGAAUUCUAUGGACCAAUAUCUUAUCCUGGAGAUUCUUUGAGUUUCCCUAAGCUGCGACUCUUUGACAUUUCAGAUAAUCGCUUCACUGGAGGCUUGCCAUCAGAUUACUUUGCGCUUUGGAGUGCAAUGUCAUUGGUCGUGGACAUUGUAGAGAAUAUCAUACGCAGAUCAAGUAUUUAA